CGAAAAGUGAUGGUGAACAGCCCAGAGAACUAACUGGCUUCACUCGUUUCUGAAACUCGAUCGCUGGAGCACUCGAUGACUCUUCUCACGCGAGGUGGUGCAGAUGACAGCAGACUUGCGAUGCGCGAGAUGACUUGAUCCCGGGCCAUUUGAAUUUCAGCUCCGGCAUCUUUUAUGAUGGUCACGUAUCCCCUCGUCGAAGGAAUGGAAGACGAUUACUCACAGGACUUUGGUUUCUGGAAAAGAGCUCUAGAACUUUGUAGCGACGUGAUUAAGGCUGAAAUUCUCACGAUUAGAUGUGACUGACUAGAAGAAAGCUGAUCUGGAGAUGUGCAGACCAACCAUCGAUCGCAGGUAGUGAGGCGAGCAGUCGUUCUUUCUUAUCAUAAUACUUCAUCGAGAGAAAUCAUUUCUCAAAUUUGACACGGUACUCCCGCUCAAAGUACAGGCAGGGGCUGCGCAGGCCCCACUUGGGAUGUAUUGUGAAAUUCCGCUUCUCGCCAACUGUUCAUUUCUGCAACCAAAAAGGUCGUGCGAGCAGAGCGGAGGAAUGUCGCACUGUAGGAACUUCCAAUUGUUAAUGACAACGAUUCGCAACUCCAAAAUUGGAUGUAAGAGCAGUUGAUGCCAUUGUCCGUCUCCUCGAGAAAGAGUUCGGAAGGACAAAAAGAAAGACGACAUUUCUUCAAUUAAUGUCAUUGUCCGUCUCCUUGAGAAAGAGUUCCUAAGGCGAAGGGAAAGAUCAACCCCCGCGCGAGUAGUUUGCAACGGAGCGGCCGCACGAGUGGAGGAGAACAAACCCGCAGUCGGCAUGUGAAAACCCCCACGGUUGAAUUAGGGCAGCGCGAUUCGUAGUGCGAUUGAGGGCACAACGUGAUUGGGGCUAAACGUGGUCAGAAUAUACGUAGUUACAUACUGAACUGUAAGACUGGGUUUUGCACAUAUGUACUAAGUCCUAGAAGUGGUCAAGUGAUUAAGUACGAUUAGCCAAGGCAUAGCUAAGUCUAGCUAGUUAUGACUAAACUAGUUAGUUAUAACUAAAUUUAUCUAGUCAUGACUAAGUUUGGCUACAAUGUCUAUAGUUGGCGGAUUAAGUAGCGAAGUUCUAGAAGAGUGGAGUGAGCACUUCUAUUUUGUCUUAUACAAAAGUUCUAGAUUCCA